AUGCCAACCAGAAGAAUCACGCGUGUCGCCAGAAGGACUGGCAAGGCUGAUGUGGAGUCUUCCCAGAAACCGAUUGGCUUCGCCAGCCUUGUGGACUUCAUGACCGUGCUGCAGCGAACCAACACCACUCUCCUACCAGUUCUCCCUCAUAAAGGGACAGAGAUCCUAGGUCGCGGUCUAUCAGGUGUUGUCAAACAGUCUACCGCCGACCUAUCCACCAAUUUAGCGUUCAAAGAAGGGAUCCCGUCCAGGAACUUGCAGGACACAGAAAUUGAUCAAGACUGGUCUGCACUGAUUACUGAGGUUACUAUACUUCAACAUGGACCCAUCAAAGCCAAUCCCCAUAUCAUUGAUCUCCUAGGGAUAGCAUUCGCUGCUCCGCCUGGGCCACCCUCAGAACGCGGAGUUUGGCCCCUGGUUGUAACUUCCAAAGUCAAUCAUGGAGACCUCACCACUGUCCUGCGGCGUGAUCACAGUGAAUUCCUCACUGACGAGGCUAGAAUGAGUCUGUUCGCUGGAGUCGCGGAAGCGAUCUUUGUGCUUCAUUCUUGCGGCAUCGCCCAUGGGGAUCUGAAGACAGACAAUGUUCUCAUAUAUUCAUCAGAAACAAACAAAAUUGAACCGAUUCUGAUAGAUUUCGGUUCGAGCACAACAGCAACUCAAACUCGCCUGCCUACGAGAAGCGACCCUUGGACUCCACCAGAGAUUGAGAACACCAGGGUGAAUCUCAGUCAUGCGGAACUGGUACAGGCUGACCUCUACACAUUUGGGCUUCUAAGUCUCCAUCUCCUACUCCCACUUGAAGGUCUGCUGAGCGCCAAUUUGUGCCUGGUGCAAACCAGGGAGCAGAGUGCUGACGAGUGGGCUCAAUUCCUCGGAGAAAUGAGCGAGAAGAAGUCUGAUAACGCUGGCGAUGAAUUUGUUACGCAGAUUUUUGACUUGAUUGCUGGAGCUGAUCUAACGCCAGAAAGGCAGUCGAUCCUAGAACAGAUCGUGAAAACAACCAUCCAGCCUGUGCGUGGAAAACGAAUCCUACCAUGGGAGUACCUCCUCCCGUACAUAGAGACUUACUUGUCGGAAAGGCAGGUCGUGCAAUUUAAUUUAUGCUUAUACGCCCCAGGACGGUCUGUGCUAAUCCUUCUCUAG